CUCUUGCAGUCCGCAGACAGACACUUUUGCCAAAAGAAGAAGAAGAAGAAGAAGGGUUACACGUGCCGAUUUCAAGACCAGUCUGAAGGAAAACAGUCAUGCCUGGAAUUCUGUUAGGAGACGUGUUUCCUAACUUUGAAGCAGAGACUACUAUCGGCAAAAUAAAAUUUCAUGAAUUCUUGGGAAACUCAUGGGGUAUCUUGUUCUCACACCCACGUGAUUUCACUCCAGUAUGUACGACCGAGCUAGCCCGUGCUGCGAAGCUUCAUGAUGAGUUUAAGAAACGUGAUGUGAAGAUGAUCGCGUUGUCCAUUGACGGCGUGGAAGACCACCGCAAAUGGAGUGAGGUCAGCAGAUAUUACACGCAUACGUCCCACAAAAGAAACAGGAAGCGCUCUCCUCAGGCUUUGGCCCUGGGCUCCGAAGAGCAGGUGAGAGCUGUAGUGAUGAGAGCAACGGGACUUGUGUGGGGUUUGGGUUACCUCAACUAUUCAGCCGACGUUACUGCAGCUCGCAUAGCAGGGUGA